AUGAUUGUCCAGACCGUGUCUCUCAAAGAUCCCAAUGAGAACUAUCUCUCAUGUAAGUCCAAUGGGAAUUUGAGGUUCGACCUAGUCGAUCUAGAUCCCUCCUGCAUAUUCUUCAUGGUACCAAUGGGUGCUGGGAGAACCUGCUUAAAAGGCCCUAAUGGGAAAUUCAUUGAUCUGCACAAUGCUAGUUUCCGAUGUGACGGUGUUACAACCGGCGCAGCUUUGAUCUUCGAUGACAAAAUCCUCAAACUUGACAGCGGCAGGUACCUCAGCAAUGUUGUUGUUGAUGAGACGAUUGCGGUUAGCUCCGAUGCCACGAAGUUGGAGAUCAAAGCAACAUCGUUCGAAAGUUUUAAUGUGAACAUGUCAUUGUCCGUCCCCACGGUUACUUACAACAGCAACGUGCUCAUUGAGAACCGUUACAGACCUGGGAAGAACUACCUGGCGCUCGAGAAUUCCAGCGGAACCAUCGACAUUUCCUUCUCCAUUCCGUACUCCAUGGAUGGAGAGAGAAACGGCACCGUGGAGGUGAUCUUCAAUCACAUGAGAGAUAAUAACUCCGGAGGGGUCAUCGACGUGGAAUUGAACGAUCAACCAGUCAGUCAAAGUUACGCUCCUCCUACCAGUUUCGAAGUGGAGAGUAUAUACACUUCGACACUAUCCUCGCUGUCUGAAGAGAACAGACUCUCCAUCACACUCUCUCAAGGGGUUUCCGGAACCUACUGCUUCUCUGAUGCUGCUUUGGUAUUCAGAGAUCAGGACGGAUACCUGAAACAGCAGAAUUCCAUGUAUGCCCUUGGGCUAUCAUCCGGAUCGUCAUAUAAUGAUGGAAAAUUAGAAAAAGGUCUCAGGGAAGGUAAUCCGUACCUCACUCUGGAGGGCGGGUCAUCUUGGUCAAAGAUUACAUUCACUGUCAGGGAAGAGCUGUUGGGAAUAGGAAACUGCGUGAUCAAAAUUCAAAACCGGCGGGAAUUGGAUACGUCCAUCGAUGUUUACCUCAACGGAAAUAAGAUCGAGGACCGCUACGACAAUAUCCCAACUGACUCAUUUGGUACAUCAACUUUAGCAAUCCACAGCAAUCAAUUGGAAAGGAGCAACGAGCUUGUCAUAAAGCCCGUUGAUGGAAAAUACUAUAUCUCAGACGUUAGCGUCGAUGUGGUUUCUAUUCUCCCAGAUGUGACGGAGGAAAGCUUCGGAAGUUACAUCAAAGAGUGGAUCCUACUUCAGAGGCCAAAUAUAGGACAACUUCACAAAAUUCCGCGGGAUGAUUUUCCAGCCUGGAAAUUUGUCAGCGAGGCACCUUACUGGUUCUUCCUCCCUUUCCUCCCUGUUUCACCCCAAGAGAUCAGUGUCCUCUUCGACUAUUACAAUAUGUUAUUCGUUUCUGUGGCGUUUGAGGUUAGGGACUACAAUAACAAAGCUAGGGAUUUCCAUAGGGAGUUACUGAGCACAGACAUCCCGAGAAAAAAUGCUCUCAGGCAUGCGUAUUGGACCGCAAUGUUAUCCCGGCGAUGGGGGCUGUAUUUUGCUCUGGAUCUGUCUACAGCACAUGAGGAGGCCCAUGUUGACUUGACUAUUGAAGGCCCUUUCGAUCAUGUCACCGAUAAGAUUAAUAAUGCCGUGGGAUCCCUUUUAGGCUCUCGCACCUCGACCGACCUGUAG